AUGAUCCGGAGGAAUAACAAUCUUGGGAUGAGUCGUUUGGUGUGCAGUGGCGCCUCUGUGGACCGGUAUGAGAGUGCCAAACACAGAACAACAAUGGUCAUCCUAUUUCACACACUAGAGAAAACAAACACAGCAGGGCACCAGGUCGACAGAGGGACGAAUUUGUGUGGAAAGUAUGAUGAUGAUGAAGAUUAUGAUCUCUCUGUGGAUUAUGACUCAAACCAACCAAGAGGAAAUCUGUCAGCGAUUCCCACUACUGAGAAGAAGAUGACAAACGGAAAAGGUGAGGGAAGAAAGAAUAAGCCCUGCAGCGAGAUACACAAAGAUUUCUGCUUGAAUGGAGUGUGUCAUUAUAGUGAGGAAUUGGACUCCCCUGUUUGUAGUUUGGCUGGUGCUUCUUACAGAUGUCAAGUGGGAUACUCAGGAGAGAGAUGCCAUUUAUUAAUGCUUGUUAGUAAGAAGGAACCGCGUUACAGCGAGAUCACACCUCUAGCGGUCAUAGCAGUGGUCCUGUCCCUCACGUGUCUCACAGUUAUCGCUAUUCUGCUGGCACUAAGGUACCACAAAAAAGAUGACGCUGAUGUAGAAAGUGCAGAAGUGAUAGGGGAAGAAAAGAAGGAGGAACCCAAAAGGACAGAUGGCACUGAGGAAAAGCAGGGGCACAAUUGCUAGAUUUCUAGAUCCUUACUUUCAGAUGUCCUGCAGUCCUGGCGGCUGUCUACACUGCAGGAAGGAUGUUUUGAACGCUGCUUCCGUACAGUGUUCUUGUCAAUCUCUCAUUGUGGAGAUCAUACAGAGAGGACUGAACCGGAUGAAUGUAGGGCAACUUUAAUC